AUGAGAAGAAUUGGAGAUGGAGCUGCUAAUUGGAAGAAAGUGGAGAAAGACGAGUUUGUGAUGGGAUUUGACGUGAAGAUGGAAGAAAUCGUCCAAGCCAAACCUCCUCUUGAUAGUGAAAUUGAGAAGACCGCGAAGAAGCUAAGGAAGGAGGCGAAGGCGAGGAAGCUACUGGAUCUGCUGGAUUCGCAGGCUGACCUUCCCGUUCGACCGGAGCAGUUGUCGAGGAAACCCGGUUCUGUCGCUGGAAGAGGUUCCCUUCAACAAUCCCAAGCCGAGCAAAAGGUGCAGAUUGAGGGGCUAGCCCGUCAGAUGUCUCAGCUUGCGACAUCCGUGAACCAACUCAAGGGCUAUCAAGGUAAAUUACCAUCACAAGUCCAAUUGAAUCCAAUGGAGAACGUUAGCAUGAUUACUUUGAGGAGUGGAAAGGAGUUGAGUGAGCCCACAACCCAGAAUUCAAAGGGGUGUCCGAGCAAGGAUUCUGGAGUCGAAUUCAGCUUGGAAAAAUUCGAAAAUUCUGGAGCCAAGGUGGAUUCUGCAAUCCAGAAUGCAGAACAGUCCGGUUUGGCCAAACAGAACAGUGAGCCGACAGUUGAGCAGAAAGGAAAGGGAGCAGCAAUUGAAUCCAACGAAGAGGAGCAGACCAAGGUCUCUAAACCGUUGAGCUUACAUGAUCCCAAGGUUGCAACAUCAUUCCCUUUUCCAGGAAGAUUGGCGAGGAAGAAGCCGGAAGAGGAACUCAUCGAUUUUGUGAAGAUCUUCGGCAAACUUGAAGUGAAUCUUCCAUUCUUGCAAGCACUGAAAAUUCCUCCCUUUGGGAAAUUUGUGAAGGACUUCAUAGCUGGAAAGUCCAAGGCAACUGGAAAGAUUGUGAUGGGCGAGAACGUUUCAGCUGCACUCAAGAAGGAGUUACCAGCCAAGUGCAAAGAUCCUGGUAUGUUUUCUCUUCCCAUUUACAUUGGUGAUACUAGGAUCGAGCAUGCUAUGUGUGACUUAGGAGCGUCUAUCAAUGUUAUGCCUCUCACUGUUUAUAAUAGAUUGUCGGGUGUAGAAUUGGUAGACACUAGAGUGGUCAUUCAGUUAGCUGAUGGGUCAUAUGUUCAUCCUGAGGGUCUUCUAGAGAAUGUUCUUGUAAAGGUGCAUGAUUUUGUUUAUCCUGCUGACUUUUAUGUGGUGAAGAUGAGUGGUAUGCAAUCGAAAGUCAGCUGGUGUUCUGUUAGGCCGUCCUUUCUUAAGGACCACUAG